UGGUCCAUUUAAAAGGGUGGGAGCGGCCGGGGCCCAUCUCUCGGGUGGAGUCUUCAGACAGCUGGUGCGGCAGUCCUUGAACAUCCUCUGGCCUCAAUCAUGGCUUGUGGUCUGGUCGCCAGCAACCUGAAUCUCAAACCUGGGGAGUGCCUCAGAGUGCGUGGUGAGGUGGCCCCCGACGCCAAAAGCUUCGUGCUGAACCUGGGCAAAGACAGCAACAACCUGUGCCUGCACUUCAACCCCCGCUUCGACGCCCACGGGGAUGCCAACACUAUUGUGUGCAACAGCAAGGACGGCGGGGCCUGGGGGGCCGAGCAGCGGGAGUCUGCCUUUCCCUUCCAGCCUGGAAGUGUAGCGGAGGUGUGCAUCACCUUCGACCAGGCAGACCUGACCAUCACGCUGCCAGAUGGUUACGCAUUCAAGUUCCCCAACCGCCUCAACCUGGAGGCCAUCAGCUACAUGGCAGCUGACGGUGACUUCAAGAUCAAGUGUAUGGCCUUUGAGUGAAGCCUGCUGACCCAUGGCCCCCAAUAAAGGCAGCUGCCUCUGCUCCCCCUGAA